AAUAGAAAUCUCAAAGUCGGGUAGAAAAAAUCCGAAUAAAGUAUAUCGGGUUGUGCUGCUUGCCAAGCUUUACGUCCCAAACCUCCAGUCAUCGCUUCUGACCAAUCGUAAAGAAGCAGGUGAAGUAGUGGACUCUGCUAUUUCCUUGUACACCCAAGUGCAUAAAGGAGACCCCUUUUCCACCACACCCAUUAUAUAGGGUUAGGGUUUUCGAGUUGAAACCCCAAAUCGCUCUUAGGGUCACUUAAAUUAGGGUUGUUUUGUCCCAGAAUUAAAAAAUGCGAGCUCUCCAAGAGGCUCCCUCACAACCUGGACUCCCAAUUUCACUUUCCCUGGGAUCAAAUUCAACUCUAGGCGAAGGGGCUUCGGGUUCCCGAUUCUACAGCUGGCUUGGUGAGUGCCAUGGGGCUUUUCACAAUGUCGCUCUAAUUGUACCCUCGCUUCUUUUCGUCCUGUACUUGGCCUAUCAAGCAAGGAAAAGCUUCUCGAAGCUCUCUCAUGGCCGGUCUUAUAUUAUGAUCGCGUACUAUGGGUGCCUUUGGCUUGUUAGCUUGCUCAAUCUUGCUUGGUGCUGUUUACAGGCAUGGGAGUGCACUCCUGGAAAAGAACUAGCCUGGAAUUUCUUAUCUUUGUUCACAACCUCCGGGAUGCUAUUUUUGGAAGUAAGCUUGCUGGCAUUUUUGAUCCAAGGGAAUUAUGCAAGUGGACUGGAAGCUUUGACACGGACUUUCGUUGUCUCAGGGGUCCUUGUUGUUUUGGAUAUACUUCUCAAGGCAAUCUAUCUAUUUGGAUUUGGAAUUCCAUUAUUCGUUGACAACAAAGAUCGUACAGAUCGGAUGAAGUGGGACUUGUGGGUUGUCCACAGGCUAGUGAUUACUGCAAUUUAUGGCUUCAUAUUGUUUAUGUACCAUUCCAAGUGGAGAGAAAGGUUACCAGCAAGACCUGCAUUCUACAAGUAUACCGCUGUCAUGUUUAUGUUGAACAUACUAGCCCUGUUUGCUUGCGGGCUUACUGGAAAUGGGGCUGGAUUUGGGUUCUGGCUCUAUGGUGCCACUGUUGUCUGUUAUCAUGCCCUUUAUCUUCCUCUUUUGUAUGUAACAUUUCUGGCAGACUUCUUCCAGGAGGAAGAUCUACAUUUGGAGAAUGUGUAUUAUUCAGAGAUGAAAGAUGCUGGUUUCUUUGAUGCUGAUUGGGAGUGAUGCAGUAACACUUGAUCACAAGAUGAUUUGGUCACCGCACUCGCUGUAUAUAGAAGUCAAUACUGUAUCUUGAAUGAAUCUUUUGUCAUACUGUAUCUUGGGUUGCUUUUGCAGUCUAAAAUAAUGAAAAUUGUAUUUCUAAGACUUAUGCCAUCACCGCCUUGAGUAUGCAGGUUUAUAUAUGAUGAGGCAUCGACAUUUUGAAUGUAUGCAUGCCUGUAAAGAAACGAACUUAACUGGUCUUUUUUAUUUUCAAAAUAAAUUAGUUGGUCAGAUGUA